AUGUCCGGGUUCGCCUUGGACGACUUAGUGGACCACUUGAAAAAUGACAAAAAAGUUAUAUCUGACAAUUGUUUCACUGUUCUGAAAGAAUCAUUAUCAUCUAGUCAACAUGAAAUGGUAAUGAAACAAUUGCAUCAAAUUUCAGCAACAACAGUGAGUCCAGAACUGCGCUCUUUUGCACUCACACUUCAUUUCUACUCCCCUACUUCUUACAACUAUGUCAGAAAAACAUUUAAUAAAUGUUUGCCACAUCCAUCCACAAUUCGAAAAUGGUAUUCUGUUAUCGAUGGAUCACCAGGAAUCACAGCAGAAUCAAUGAACGCCAUUAAAAUGAAAGUAAAAGAAAUGAAACAUAACAAUUUAGAUUUAGUACUUGGAAUCAUUAUGGACGAAAUGUCAAUAAGAGAAGAGUAG